CAACCUUCCACCAUUUCCCUCCGCCAAAAUACCGCUUCUGUCUUCCCCUCCAUUGGUUUCGUAACCCCUCCAUCUACUUGUUAUCAGCCCUUCAGUAGCACGCCAGCCGUCUCCCCCUUUUGCCUCUCCCUACCGACCGCACCACCGCAUCCGGUUCAAUGUACGCCAGUCGAGCUGCCACCCGCGCAGCCCCAGCUGUCUAUCGGGCAGGAGUCCGCACCGCAGGAAGGCCGGCUCGGAAUACGCCCAGGCACCUUCCUGCCAUAGCCAUCCUCAUCCCCCAUCGUGGUUAUGCCCUCGAGCAAACCAGCCAUUCCACCCCCGGUUCUCAACUCCCGCCAGGCUACAGCGCGGAGCAGGUCCGGAAGUUAGCCGAAGAACAGCAGCAGCAGCAACAACAGCAGCAACAAUCCAAGGAGAAGUCGGUGCCAGUUGCUACACCGGAUGUCUCCAUUCCUAGAAAUGUCCCUACCGCUCUCCCUAAAACGAAGGCCACCGAGGCACAAAGCCUGACGGAGCUAGCAUUGGACAAGGCUGCAUCGGAGGGAAAGGAAGAGAAGAAGGCCGUAUCCAGGAAAGAGGAAGAGAAGAAGAAAUUGACCCUCUGGGAGAAAGUGAAGCACGAGGCGCAGCAUUACUGGGACGGAACGAAACUGCUUGUAGCCGAGGUUAAGAUCAGUUCAAAGCUGGCUUUGAAGAUGGCCGCUGGCUACGAGCUUACGCGCCGGGAGCACAGGCAGUUGACCCGCACCGUCAAGGAUUUGGGUCGCUUGAUUCCCUUCUCGGUCUUCGUCAUCAUCCCAUUUGCAGAGCUGCUUUUGCCAGUUGCACUGAAGCUCUUCCCCAACAUGCUUCCGAGCACCUACGAGGGCCAGUCAUCCAAGGACGCCAAAGCCAAGACUCUCAGGUCAACAAGGAAAGAAGUCAGCAAUUUCUUGCGGCAAACAUUGAAGGAGACCGGGCUUCCAGUGUCCGCGGAGAAUGCGCAGAGGGACGAGUUCGCAGAGUUCUUCCGCAAGGUUCGGACCACUGGAGAGUCUCCGUCGCCAGAAGAGAUUAUCAAAGUCUGCAAGAUCUUCAAAGACGACCUCACCCUCGACAACCUCUCCCGCCCCCAACUCGUCGCCAUCUGCCGCUACAUGAACAUGACCUCGUUCGGCACUGACAACUUCCUCCGCUACCAAAUCCGCGUCCGCAUGCGCCAAAUCAAGCGCGACGACCGCGCCAUCGCCUUCGAAGGCGUCAGCUCCCUCUCCGUCCCAGAACUGCAGACUGCGUGCGCCAGCCGCGGUCUCCGCACCCACGGCGUGUCUCCCGCCCGUCUCCGAGAAGACCUCCAAACCUGGCUCGACCUCCGCCUCAAGCAUGGCGUACCCUCCACACUUCUCGUGCUCUCCAACGCCUUCGUCUAUGCCCAGGGCAAGGAAUCGGAAAUGACGUCGCAACUCGCUGCCCUGGAAGCCGUGCUGUCCUCCAUCCCCGAGGAGCUGUACCACGAGGUUGAGCUCGAUAUCCACACCAUUGAGGGUGCCGCGACGAACAAGCAGCGCCUCGAGGUGCUCAAGGAGCAGCAAGACCUGAUUGAGGAGGAGAACCAGCAGGCGGAGAGUCAGCAAAAUAAGAAUGCGGCGAGCCCGAAGGAUGUGGACAAUAUCGAUGAGGAGGAGAAGCCCAAGAGGGUCGAGGGAGAGGCGGUCGCGGCGCAGGGUGAAGGCGAGAAGGAGGGGGAGAAGGAAGCCAGUUCGGCAGACAGUGCGACGGAGGUGGGGAGUGCGGAGCGGACCGAGCAGGAUCAGCGGGCGGAGGGGAAGGAGGAGGCCAGUGAAGGUAAGGAGGCGAAGAAGGAGUAAGGAGAACGAGAUGAAUGGAAGGGUUGUUGCUCGCGAUUUAUGUAUAUUUAGAAAUGUAAGGUCCCGCUUCUUUUACGGGGCCGAAACUCGUUGUAACGGGCACUGGGAAUAGCACAGUGACAGAUAUAGAAAAUACCCACUUUGAAUAUAGACUGUACCAAUAGUAGAAGAGGGCUCAGUAUGGAUAUAGACUGUACUAGUAGUUAGAAGAAGAAAGACUCGAU